AUGUAUCCUCUUGAACAGAAUGCAUACGAAACUCACCGUUUUAGUGGGUUAUGCAGUGACCUCAAUAGCAGGCUUUGUAUGGUUGUGAGCGAGACUUUAAAUGCUGAAAGGUUGAAUAGAGUUGCUAUCGCCCAACAACUUUUAUUGCAAAAAAACAAAAAAAAAAAAAGAAAAAAAAAUCCUGUAGUUUCCGAAAUGGAGGCUUCUGGAGAGCCACAAGCGAUACCAAUAUCAGAUUUAAGUAUUGAACAAAUGACCAUGUUGCAAAGGCAAAUAGAACAGGAAAUAACGUUCUUUACAGAAUCUUUGAAGGAGUUAAGGACUUGUCAUGCGAAAUUUGCUGCAAGCGAAGCUGCUGUCGAUGGAGUUGACCCUAAACAGCCUAAUAAGGAAGCGCUUGUACCGCUUUCUGAAUCAAUGUACGUUAAGGCCCGUCUUAUUGAUCCAACCAAGGUGCUUGUGGAAAUAGGGACGGGUUAUUAUGUUGAGAUGAAAAGUGAUCAAGCUAAAGAUUAUUUGAAGAGGAAGCAGGAGUAUUUAAGAAAACAGAUGGAUACUGUUGAAGGGAUCUUACCAGAAAAGAAGAGGGCACAACAAACGAUAACCAGGAAUAGGAUGAGAAUUGAGCCAUUGUCAAACUGCGAACGGAAUUUCAUAUUAGAGUCAUUCACGACGGGGAAGGCUCGAGUAGAUGGCAGGAACUGCGAUGAGUAUCGUGAGGUUAAAGUUGUAGUUGGAAAAGAUUUGGGGACGUGUCUCGCAACCGUCGGAAAAACUAAAGUGUUUGCAUGUGUCAGCUGUAAUGUUGUCGAACCCAAAAUGACUGUACGUGGUCAUAUGGGAUCUAUUGAGAUCCAAGUUGAUAUGUCACCAAUGGGCUCCCCUGCUCACGAAGACGGCAGAUUGGGAGUUCAAGGAAUUGAGUUGACCCGAAUUUUGGAAACCUUGAUUAGAGACGGAAAUGUCAUUGAUUUGGAAAGCUUGUGUAUAAGAGUGGACAAGCAGGUGUGGCAAGUUCGUGUCGACGUUCAUGUUUUAGACGUUGAUGGGAGUUUAGCAGACUGUGCAUCAAUUGCUGCUCUUUGUGCUCUUGCACAUUUUAGGAGACCAGAUGUUACAGUUCUUACAGAUUCUAUAAUUCGUAUCGGAAAUGAGCAUAGUGCAGAUCAGAAGAUGCCUAUUCCUUUAAAUAUUUACCACAUGCCAGUCUGCGUCACAUUUGGGAUUGCUCCUGGCGGAAAUGUAAUUUUUGAUCCGACUGCAAGAGAGGAACUUUGCUUGAAAGGAGGAUUCGUUAUUGCAGCAAAUAGAAGGCAUGAGAUUUGUGCUUUGCAUCCAACUGGUAAUCUGAUUUUAGGCGAAGAAGUGAUGGUAAAAUGCGUUGAUUAUGCAAUUCGACGUGCGAUCGAUGUCACUGAAUUGAUAUCUUCUGUGAUUAUUGAUAGCAAUUUGAGAAGAUCAGGAGAAAAAGAAAUAGCGGGUUUUGCUGGAUUGAUAUCACUGGAGGUUCUGACAUCUAAUCAGUGUAAUCCAAACGAACUGAUUGCUCCUGCAAUCAAGACAAGUACUGUCAGUUUUGAAGCUAGGGAGGAAAAUGUUUUAGUUACGGAAGAAGGCGUUGUACAUAUUGGUCCAGAAAGCAGCACUUCGUGGAUUGACCGAGAAAAUGAGGAGGAUAGAGAUCUCGUAGAACAGGUUGCCGCUAUUGUUGAGGCACAUCGACCACAACAGUCUAGAACUGAUGUUGAAGAAACAACAAAAAUGGAAAUCGAAGAACUUAACAGUUUACUGGAUAGUAUUGAAGAAGACCUAGCUACGUCGCCUAUUUACAGCGGAGAUGCACCGUCAAAAAACUAUGUGGAACAGUCGUCUACUUCACCUGGGGAACCUAUACAAUUAUCAGUAGCUUUGAAAAAGAAGAAGAAUAGCGUUUUAGAAGCACUUGAAGUGCAGUUGUUAGGGAAUCCUGAAAGCUUAUUGUUAAACUGGUUUUCGCUUUUAAAAUGGCUGUAUUUUGAAAGUCUUGUGCUUAACGAGUGGCCGAAAGGAGAAAUCGGUGAAGGAUGGCGUAUAAUAGGCGUGAAGGAUAAAACUGAAGAAAUGAAAGAAACCAUAGAAUCGUGA